UGUACAUGUACGUUUCUUCCUACCUAUGGUCUCCCAUGUAGAUGUUCCAUUCAGUUAGCACGACGUGAAAAUCGGGAUUUCGCCUUGUAUGAUGUGUUGCCAUUCUGGACCGUUAUCAACUAUCGUGAACCUCCUACUCGGCCGGAGUGGGAUGACCAUAGUGAUUACCACCGUGGUGUGUUCCAAGGUCUAGUACAGGAGGUUCUUGAUAGAGGCGACGAGACCAUUCGAGGUGCAAUCGGCCUACUCCGGAGCCAUCUUCAUCCUGAAAAUGAUGGCAUUGAUGAACCGCAUGGGGGACAGCCCCGCCCCGGUCGCCCAAGGACGUCCACCACUCGAAACCUGUCUCACUUCGAGCAUGUGGAGAGGAGACGAGGGAGGAGAAGUUCAAGACUUCCGACUGCAACUCCGGACAAUGAUGGAAAUACAGGUGGUGCCCCGAAUGUGAAUGCACAAACCAACUUCGAGGAUGAGACGGAGCCGAUCCAUAAUGAUACAGAUGGUGCACCGAAUGGGAAUGCACAAACCAACUUCGAGAAUGGGACGGAGCCGGUGAUCCAUAAUGAUACA